AUGUUCUCAGUUUGCACAAAGCUGAAACAACUGAGAGGGGCCCUUAAAGACAUUAAUAAGAAGCAUUUUCACAACAUCAGUGAACAAGUUCAAAGAGCAAAAGCUGCAUUGGAGGAAGCUCAAAGAAAUCUAUAUAUUAGCCCUUUCAAUCCUGAGUUCAUUACAAAAGAAAGAGAGUGCAUGGCUACCUACAAUAAACUCUUGGAUUGUGAACUUUCUUUCUUACAGCAAAAAGCAAGGAUAAGUUGGAGCCUAAAAGGGGAUAGAUGCACUAAUUUUUUUCAUUCUGCAAUUAAAUCAAACAGGCAUAAUAAUAAAGUGUUGGUGUUAUACAAUGGCCUAGGUCAGAGAAUUUCUGAUCAGGAGGAGAUUGCCAAAGAGUUGGUGUCUUUUUACAAAGACCUGAUGGGAAAAACUUCUGUCAAUCUAAUACCUGAUAUUCAAACUAUUCAAUCUGGACCCUGCUUGAUAGAUUUACAAGCUCAGCUUCUUUCCAGUCCAAUAACUAAGGAUGAAAUCAAAGCAAUUUUUUCUAUGGAUGAUAACAAGUCUCCUGGUCCUAAUAGAUAUGCGGUAGCAUUCUACAAAUCAUCUUGGCCUGUGAUUGGAGAUGAGGUCUCAUUAGCUAUUGAGCAGUUUUUUAAGAUGGUAAACUGUUGGGAGUGGUAA